ACCUAAAGUUAUGCUUUUUGUGGGAGUAGAAGUUGAUCUCGCUGCUUCUGUAAAAGAUUUCUGUUUUUCUUUUGGAGCGUCUCUGCAAAAUGUUUGAUUGACUCGUUGGUGGUCUGUGCUGUAAAUCAGGUUUAGGUUCCCCGUCUGUCCCUGUGCGGAACUGGAUGAUGAUCUCAGGAUCUUGUUUCCUCCUGCAGACCUCCAUCAGACAUGUGCAGCACCCGGAUGACAUAAGAGCACUUGUGGAGGACACACAGCGGGACUACAGGAGCUACUGCAGGAUGAACCAGGUGAAGGACACAGAUGAACUGCAUGGGUUCAGAGUUGGGCAGACAUUCCAGUAAAAAAUCCCGUAGGUCAUAACUCCAGUCAGACUGGAGGUCUGUCUGCCAUUUUCAUUUUUCCUUGCGUCUCCUGUGCUCCCCUGUCUGUCUCACGCUGUUGCAUGUCUGUGUGGAUGGUGUGCGCCCCCCCCGGCCUUAUUCUGGUUCUGUGGUCAUCUGUCAGCACACCAGCUGUUCCUUAUUAAUCACCACAAGCAGUUCUGCGAGUCCUGCGCUAACCUUAUUAGUUUGUCUGGCGGUUCGUCUCCUCACAGCAAUUCAUCGCCGUUCGUCUCCCCCGUUCACUGUCCUGUGCGCCGCCCCCUUCUGCUUCUUUGUCUGUUGGUCUCCCCUUGCUGUUCUGAUCAUCGUCACCCCAUCUGUCUGUCUGAUGUCUUGUCCAUCCUGUCCUGCUUCUUCAGCACCAGCAGCCUCUCCGAUCAGCCCUGCGCCCAGCAGCAGGGGUCGCUCUCGUCUCACCUGAAAUGAAGCUCAAACACACCAUCCUCUUUUCACUGAUUCUCUCCUCCAGACUAUCCUCACUUCAGCUCCGCCGCAGUGGCUCCGUCUCUCCCUUCAUUCGUUCCACUCUGUAGUUUUAGAGGAUCCGGUUUAUUGGCUGGUUGCUUUGUCAGGUCUCCGUGCCUACCUGACGGGUCGGAUCUUGACCUCAAAGCCUGGAAAGACUCACUUUGGUUACAGGCUGGUUUCUAGGGCGGCAGCUGGUACCAGCAGUGGAGCCUAGACGGUUUGAAGGAAUCUGCCUGGACAGACAGGUACAAACAGGUGGUGGAGAAACAUCAGGACCGCGUAGACAUGUUUAAAGCCGUCAACAUCUACAGGGAGCACAUGAUGAACCAGAUGAGUCUCUACAAGGCUGCGUCCUGUGACCAGGAGGCGGGGCUGGCGAUGGAGAUGAUUCAGUCCGGACAGAAAGGAGCAAAACAACACUGAACGUGGGUCGAGUGUGUUGCCGCCUCUUCCUGAUGCACAUGCAAAGAUAUGUGCCAGUGAUGAUGCUCACUCAGUGAACCUACCCAGUGUUGUGUGUUCAAGUCCCUUCCCAGCAGCCACUUCUCUGUUCAGUCCUGAUGUCAGCAGUAGAAUGGCAUCUGACCUCCUCAUCAGACUGUCAGAGGCCACCCAGAAGGCUCAGAUGCAUUCUGGGAGCAGAGCGGAGGCGGAGCCCAUCAGGACGAAGACCCCACUGAGUGGGUGUGGUGGCCAGCAGGAUGAACCUGGUCUUGCACUCUCACCGGAUGGCCCUGGAGCGAGCCCCGAACCGCCCACUCUCACAAAUACCCCGGAUGGCCAUGAUGCCACCGCCACGGGCACGAUGGCUUCAGACCUGCUGAGGAAACUGGCAGAGCGUCAGGAAACAAACUGCCAAGGUGUGAUGGUCAAAGAAGAGGACCAGCCAAUGGAGGUGGACGCUGCUCUUGAUCUUGUUUGUCAUGAACUGGUGACAGAAGAGAUGACGACAUCCACGCCAAAUCUGACAAACCAACUGUCCUUUACCAUUAAGGAAGAGGAAGAGGGCCAGAAUCUCACUAGCAACAAGAUGGCAGACCAACUGUGUCCUGGAGCGAAAAUGGUGGACCAUUAUCUACGCGAACCUAAAGCAGACCAAUAUUAUCCUGGAGGCUGUGAAGCUUUCUCCAAAAUGGCUGACACUGUCAUCUCUGGUGCCAACAUUGCAAACAAGCUUCAGUUUAGAGUGAAACUAGACAAUCAGGGAGACUCUGGAGCCAUGAUGGUGGAUCAUUUUCACAGUGGAGCCCGGAUGGAGGAGCAGCUUGUCUUUCAAUCAAAAAUUGAAGAGAGGUUUUUGUCGAAAGCCAAGAUUAGUAGGUCACUUCUAUCUGGAGUACAGAUAGCAGAUCAGGUUUUCAACAGACAUAAAAUAGAGGACCAACUGUUUUUUGGAGCCAAAAUGAAGGAUCAUAUAACUUCUGGAUCCAAAGUCACUGGCACAGAUUUGCCCAGAAUGAAGACAGAACAGCAGUGUUUCUUUGGUGCCAAAAUGGAGGAUCAGGUAGCUUCUGGUUCCAGGCUGGCUGGUCCAGAUUCUCCCAGAAUGAAGAUGAAACAGCAGCACUGUUUUGUAAACAAACUGGAGAAUCCGUUUCAUCACAGAGCCAAAAUGGCAGUUCAAAAGUUGCCUGUAAUAAAAACAGAACAAAAGCUUUUAUUUGGAGCCAAAAUUGGAGCUCAGUUAACUUCUGGAUCAAGGAUGGCUAGUCCAGAUUUGGCCAUAAUGAAGAUGGAACAGCAGUGUUCUCUAGGAACCAAAAUGGACUAUCAGUUUAAUCCUGGAGUGAAGAUGUCAGGUCAAGAUUGGUCUAGAAUAAAAACAGGCCACAAGAUUUUCUAUGGAGCCAAAAUGGAGAAUCAGACCUCCUUUGGAGAUAGGAUGGUAGGUCCAGAGUCCUCUCAGACAAAAAUGAAAAAGCAGUUUUUCUUUGGAGCCAAAAUGGAGGAUCAGUUUACCUCUGCAGCCCAGGUAGCUGGUCCAGAAUUACCUAGAAUGAAAGAUCAGCUUUUCUUUGGAGCCAAAAUGGAGGACCAUUUUACCUUUGGGGCCAAAAUAGCCAGUCCAGAUUUGUGUGGAAUGGACCAGCAGCUUUUCUUUGGUGAGAAAAUGGAGGACCAGUUAACCUCUGGAGCCAAGAUGGUGGACCAGUGCCUCAGAGCGGUGCUAUGGCAGGACAUAUCGGUGAACUUGGCAUCCACACUGCUGCACCAGCUCUCAGAGAGGGUCAAUAAAUCCAAAGAUCAGGAGGUGAUGAGGGUGACUCCGCCCAUCAGAAGCAGUCCUUUGUGCAAAGCGAAUGUUGGCCAAAGCUACUCAACACCUCAGUCAGUCUCCCACGAUCGUCCUUAUGAAAUGCAAAUCAGCGUCAGCAGAAAUAAACCAGCAGGUUGUUCUUACUUCUACAGGUGUCAUGUGUGUGGGUUUGAGACGGACGGGUUUGGCCUUUUCCAGAGUCACAUGAUGGAACACCGCCAACAGGAGCGUGGUUCAUUUUCAUUGCACUGCUGUGUGUGUGACCAUUUGACCAGUCAGGAGGAAGCAAUGAGGGCUCAUGUUGAUACACACAACCCGGCGGAUACGACGACCAGCAGAGGUAUAAGAUGCCCCGCCCCCCCUCCCGCUGCCACUGACAGCAGCGCUCCUACAGUUGCCAUGGCAACCCAGCAGGAGAAGAGCACCUCUGAGCAUCGGUGCCGCAUCUGCCAGAGGUCGUUUCCAGAGCAACAGGAGAUGCUGGUUCACUUCCAGGGUCAUCGCCAAGGCAACCAGUACCGCUGCGACCGGUGUGGCCACCUGACGCGGACAGCCAACAAACUGGUGGAGCAUGUGCGCGUGCACACGGGGGAGCGACCGUUCAUCUGCGACCUUUGCCCUUAUAGUGCCAAGCGGCGGGACAGCCUGCGUCUGCACUGCAAAGCCAAACACCCGGCGCACGUUGACGGGACCGCGGCCAUCGUGUGCAACGAUGUGCACACUCACCGCUCGUACAAGAAAGGUGAGAGCCAGUGUUUGGACAAAACCGUUAAGCUGCCGCAGGCCUAUGUGAGAACGCAGGCCGCUGUAGACUCCACCUUCUUUCCGAAUCCAUCUCAUCCCGUCCACUUUGAGCAGGAAGUAUGGAAGAAGAUGAUCCGUCUCCUACCCAUCACGACUCUCACCUCUUGGAAACCGUGCCCUCCUUCACCAUCAUCCUCUCUGUCACCUAAAAACACUUUUAUGCGCGAUCUUGGCCUGAAACCUUCUUUCUAACAGCCUCUCUCCUCCUUCUCCAUCCAUCCUGUCAACUUGUAAAGUGGUGGAUGUAAAGCUCUGUCACGCGCUGUCACGCAACACGUAUGUUUAAGAAUGUCAAACAGCUGCUGUGUGCACACUUAACGUGCACAUCCAUGCUGCAGUCACAUGUUGACAGAAAGAAACAACAACAACAAAAAAAACAGUUGUGUCGCUUGUUCCAGCAGACUCACCGUUGCCUGGAGCGGCAGACGGUAGACUAGGGUGACAGAAACACGUUAAUUAGGUGGGUAAUAAUCAACUUAAUCCAAAGAUACAAUCAUUUUUUGGCAUUUUGCACAGCGUUACACAAAAACAGGACAACUCUGGUUCUGGAGUCCACAGACUUGCCGACGGUUCUCGGGUACACGGACCCGCCGGCGCAUCCAUACCUUCCGAAAUUCCUCUUUUAAUGCAAUUGUACUCAACAAAAAUAUAAAUGCAACACUUUUGGUUUUGCUCCCAUUUUGUAUGAGAUGAACUCAAAGAUCUAAAACUUUUUCCACAUACACAAUAUCACCAUUUCCCUCAA